AUGAUCAACACGCUCGCCCUCGCCCUGUCAUCCCUGCUGGCCUUGCCAGUCAGUCUGGCUUGCCCUACCAAGCCUCACACCAACACUACUUGCCGUCCCGUCUCGGGAGACAAGACGAUCUCUUCUUUCCAGCUGUACCCCGAGAAUGCGGACUACGACACAAAGCGCUGCGUUGCGUAUCUAAGCGUUCUCUACAACUCCACCGUGGCCGUCUGGGACCCUUACACGAACUCCGUCGUCGACACCAUUGCCGUGCCGGGCCUGAGCUUCAACCCGACACUCCACUCCAGCGGCGUCCGCCGCGAUCCGCUGGACCGCCUCUCCAUCAUCAUCGACGCCGGCGCCGCCUUCGACACGGCCGGCCAGGACAUCUCGGGCGACAAUUUCCUCGUCAAGUACGACCUCGCCUCGCGUCAGGUCCUCUGGCAGCGCAACCUCACUGCCGUCACGGGCGGCGUGUACAGCGGCUUCCAGGACACUGCCCACGCUGCCGACGGCACCACCUUCGCCCUCGGCACUUUCCCCAGCAGCAUCAUCCGCGUCAGUGCCGACGGCGAGACCGCCGCCGCCUGGUACCUGCAGACGCCCCCUGACCACACGGUACACGGCCUCUCGGGGCUCGUCUCCUCGCCGGACGGCAAGUCGCUGCUGGUUGUGGACAACGCCGACGGUCAGCUCUACCGCUUCGACAUCUCGGCCGCCGAGGGGGCGCCGGUCCGCGUCCCGCUGACCGGCGCGGAGCUCAUUGGCACCGCUCUCGAUGGCGUUUCCAUCCCCUCGCGCUACCACGGCACCGUCAUCCUGGUUUCGGACAACGCCGCGGGCACCGUGGUGCUCCGCUCGCAGGACGGCUCGUGGGACGCGGCGGAGGUGCUGGGCACAGUGCCGGCUUCGCCGCUGGCCGAGGGCGGAGCCAGUGUGACCACGGUGCAGGUUGGUGGUAGCGUUUAUGCCGUGUCCGAGUGGUUCAUGGACGAUAAGGUCGCUGGCACGUUGGCGGGCAACCGCACGGAAUGGCCGUUGGUCGAUAUUUCGGCUCAGAUCGACGCCCUGCUGAUCUGA